CCUUCUGUCCACUCUGACUCCGAAACCAUACAACGACAAUCUGUAUCUUCAACGACCUUGAUCAAUAUAUUAUUAUUCUCUGCCAUAUUCGUAUGCGGUUAGCCCCGUCGAUGCCUGGAAUGAGUCGCACUAGCGCCGAAAAACCGAUGCCAUAUGGCCGUUCAUGACUUCAUUGAAAUACCUCCUGCAGACACCGUGCAAACACUCACGACAACCACACGAUCACCGUCUCGGGUUGCUGCAUUCUUCCCUUGGGGUUGCUGGAUUGACUCCUGAUCUGGUGUAAUUGCGCAAAGCAAAGAUCUGCAGACACCCUCUCACGAUGGCCAACACGAGUCGCUCCCGCCGGUUACGAACCCCUCCUCGAGCCACACGAGCAAAAGCUGCUAUCUCCUACGCCGAGGGCUCUUCCGACAGUGAACUUGAAGCAUACUUCGAUGCUGUAGCCUCCGAUCACGAUGAAUCUCCUGUUACGCCUCGCCCACGAAACACAAGAGCCUCUCAAGCCCGAAGAACUCCUGCACCCCGCAAGCACAAACGGAACCGUACAUCCUACUCCGAGUAUACCGAUCGCACUUCAACACCAAAGCGGAUUCGAACUGCUCGACAAUCGAAGCCAUCCUCCCCAAAGCCAGCGACAAGCAGUACGAUCGAGUUUCUAAAGGGAUCUGGAGUCGUGCCAGAGUGGCAAAAUCUGCCGUACCAUGUGUUCGUUCGCAUAUUCCAAUAUGCUGCAUAUCCUCUUUACGAUGAGCACACAUUUCAACCGCAGCCAAGUCUGCAGUGGCUUGUCAAGAUCGCCCCAUUGUGUCGUUCCUUUGGCGAAGCAGUUGCUGAAGUCUUAUACAAGUCCCCGCCACUUGUUCCUAUGGGACAGGCGCAUGGAUUGAUGUAUCUGCUGCAGGAGGACCCUUCCACUCAUAUAUACGACUACAGAAAGAAGAUCAAGUCAUUGCAGAUCGACGUUGGACAAGUGGUUGCGUAUUCUCUGCCUGGCAGCGGUCAUCUCGAUCUAUUCGACCUCAUCAAGAAUCUACCUCAGCUGAAGAGCCUAGAGUUCUAUCACCAGCUGGAUAUGUCUCCUUACCGAGACUUAGACUCUACCAUCAAGUGGAAUUACUCUGACCGGAUCUUUAAGGCACUGGAGUAUUUCGAUACUGCUGCUAAUGCCGUACAAGGUGAAAAGGGCAGCGUAUGCUAUUUGAAGAGCUGGCGGUGGUCCUCGAGACUGGCGGGAAAGAAAUUUCCGAUCGAGACGCUUGCGGCAGAACAUUUGAAGCCAUAUUUUCAAUUUCUUACAAAGAUUGCCUUCGUCAACUAUCAAGUCCCAGGACUCAAGAAGGACGAAGAAGAUCCGAAGCACGAGGCUGCGCUUGCCAACGCUAUCAAAGCACUUCCUCAGGUGAAGCAUCUGAUCUUCGAGUCAUCGACACUGGUUAACGCGAUACUGUUACCACUGUUGCCCACCAAGCUCGAGGAUUUAGAGUUGAUCAACUGCUGGGAGGUGGUCGCCGAGGAUUUUGCCGAAUUUCUGGUUACUCAUGGCCGAUGCCUUCGCAGCCUCACACUCAACCACAAUCAAUCCCUGAACCUCGGAUUUCUGCCCAUCCUCGGUGAAGCAUGUCCGAAUUUAGAGGUUCUUCACAUGAAUCUCACUUAUUUCAAUCUUCAUGCCACUUAUCGAGACUCUGAGCCUCAGUAUGAGAAGCUUCUGUUGCCUGAUCAAGUCCCAGUCUGGCCAUCGACGCUCCGAAGCAUUGAAUUGAUUCAGCUUCGCAAAUGGGAGAUGGAAGCAGCAGAGAUGUUCUUCCAAAGUCUGCUUGAUAGCGCCGCGACUCUACCUGACCUUAGAAAGCUCACGAUCCAAGCUAUCAUAAACAUUCCUUGGAGAACUCGAGCAUCCUUCAGAGAUACUUGGCUUGGUUCAUUGGAUCGCGUCUUUAAGCGCGUCUCUAAGCCACCAUUGCCAGUCUUCACACUCCAGGCACCAACCUCUACAGAAGAAGCCUUGGCGGGUCCAUCAGAUGACGGCGAGGAGUCAGGAAAGCAGGUAUCCAAGCACUCACUGCGACCUUCCUCCAGCAAGAGCGAUGAUCUCCUCUCAGCAGUCGACACUCGACCGAUGUUGGCUCCGCCACGACGCUCCCUUGAGGCUCACCAGAUCUCGCAUACCCGUCGCUCAACCCGUACCCGCCUAGCGACAGGCACUUACGCCGAAACCUCCGAUUCCGAGCCAGAACCCGAACCUUUCAAGCCUACCGUCUCAGCACGCGAAACCUCCCGCCACAAUCGCCUAGCUCGUGAGCUCGAGAUCCUCAAACAGACCGCCGGUUCCGAUAGUCCUCUUGUCUCCACAUCAGCUGCGACUUCCGACUCAGACUCUGAUGCUCCACUCGUCAAGAAUAAAGGCAAAGGCAUGCAAAAGGAGGUCAUUCAGGGAAUGUGCGAUAUCGUUGAAGUCAGAAUCGAUAACCUGAGACCGACUGAAAAUCAAGUCACCGAGGCCGAUUUCCUAGACGAAGAGAGAAGUGGAGAUGAGGACUGGGACGGUCAAGAUGGUGAUGAAGAUGGGUAUGCGUGGUAAUCUUGUGGCUGGAGUUUUUCUACAAACGUUGUUUUCGUAUGCGUUGCUUUUCUUUUUCCUGGUACUUUAUUGCAUGCAUGAUAUGGCAGACUUGCGUUGGCAUGUGUCUACGAACUUUACAAAAUGAGAGAUGAGGUCUGGCUGGCGUUGCGUUGCGUUGCGUUUGUUUGUAACAAGAGCAAAUUCUGGUCUGGAGUUUUUUUAUCUGGUAUCCUGACAAUCAAUAGCUAACAUAGAUGAUUGAUGGUUGAGUCUAGAGGUAGCAGUACUGUAACACAAAAUGUAGAAGUUUAAUC